ACCUGGACUGCCUUGGAGGAAUGACUUACCUCAGCAAACUCAUAAGACCAUUUUACAAGAGAAAGUAAGGGACAUUUCAGGCUGCAGCUGCCUUUUCUGUUCUCUGUUCCACGGUAACCACGAUUUCACGACGUUCUUUCUCCAGCAAGUUGCCUUUCUGCCUCAAGCAAAGAUGAAAUCUCUUCUCAAUUUGAUGAAAAACUCAUUGCGACGGGCCCCAUCAAUCCCGUUACAGUUUCCAACGACAGGGUUUGCCAUCGUCAAGGAUCCGCUCAUCCUCGAAGAAGAGCAAUUCGAUGAAUUCAAGGCCGGGCAGUACUACCCGGUAAACAUUGGGGAUGUCUACGCUUCUAAAUACCAGGUUCUGGGUAAAGUGGGCUUUGGGACGACAUCUACUGUGUGGCUAGCCCGCAACCUUCAGGAACACAAAUACGUGGCCUUGAAGAUUUUUAGACGAGGAGUAGACCGAGCUGAGUUCGAGAUAUACGCGCAUCUCGGCAAGGCUAAUCCUUCGCAUCCCGGCCACCGUCAUGUCCGGACUGCCCUGGACACGUUCGAGCUUCAAUGUGACCAGGGAAACCACCACUGCCUCGUGCAGAAGCCAAUGUGGGAUAGCUGGAGAGACAUGCUACGUCGAAAUCCCACACUUCGCUUCACCGUGGAGCUCUUGAAGGCAGGCUUAGCUCAGCUGUUCCUUGCUCUGGAUUACCUGCAUACGGAAUGCCAUCUCGUCCACACAGAUCUCAAAGGCGACAACAUCUUGCAAGAGCUAGUAGACCAGUCAGUGCUAGAAGCUUUCACCAAAGCUGAGCUUGAGACCCCGUCGGCAAGGAAAUUUGUGGAUGGUGCCACGGUAUACGCAUCAAGACGGUUCGAUUUGCCCGAUGACUUUGGCAAUGUUGUUCUCGGCGACUUUGGUGCAGCGGUUCGAGGCGAUGAGAAACGAAAUCACGACGCGCAGCCGAAUGUGUACAGGUCACCUGAGGUUAUGUUGAUGACGGAGUGGAGCUAUCCCGUCGAUAUCUGGAACGUGGGCGUCAUGAUUUGGGACCUCUAUGAGGGUAGACACCUCUUCUACGGGGACGACCCUGAGAAAAAGAAAUACACCACUCGAGCUCACCUCGCCGAGGUAGUCGGCAUGCUAGGGCCUCCACCUCUAGAUCUCCUUCAAAGAGGGAGACGGAGCAUGGAGUUCUUCACGGAAGAUGGAAAAUGGAAGGCCGAUGUCGACGUGCCGCAAGGCACGAGUUUGGAGAAUUCGGUGAUGCACCUCGAAGGCGAGAAGAAGGAGGAGUUCCUAACAUUCGUGAGGGGGAUGCUUCAAUGGCGCCCCGAGGAUAGGAAGACGGCCGCACAGCUCCUCAAUGACCCUUGGCUUCGGAGCUAACGAAUGUCACCCGAAGGG